ACUCACUUCCGUACCUUUAAUGCCGUUUCGUAUAUGUUACAUAUAAUAAUUCCACGGUUUCUCUGCAGUGCGAGACAUGGCGACAGUUUGCAAACUCUUGUGAUGAACUCGUGACGAGAACUUUCAAUGAUGGAUGCCAAGAGAGAAAGAGACUGCAAUUUUGUUACAGAUCUCACACUGGGAUUGGUGGGUACCCUUCGCAACGUCGGAGGAGUGCAGGACGUGAGCGUGGUGGUGCGCGGAGGAGUUGAAAGGGCAGCUGUCGUUGCUUGGGAACAGCGACACAAUGUCGUUCUCCCGGCUACGCUAAGGGCGCUCUUCACGGCAACCGAUGGUUUUAAAUUGACAUGGAACUAUGCAACUGCAGGGAAAGUCCUUCCGCUAGGUAACAUGGAAAUCCACUCGUUAGGAAGAGUGAAUCGAUUAGGAAGUGGCAGAGGAAGUGGAGAUCCAUUGGCGCCCUCUGUCACUGAUCUGGCUCUUGCUGAGGAUCCACCAACACCACCUGAACCACUGAGACCGGGCUGCAUCAGACCUGCACCACCUCCGUCACCGCCAUCAUUCCACUCCUCUAAAAUGUUUGAGAUCGAUAGUUGCCAAGGGUAUGGCCGGGUUGUCGUGGCUUAUCCCGGUCGGGGGGACAACUUCUCCGAAGGAUCAUUUUGGUUCAUUGACCUUUCCUUAAGACCUCAUCUUUUGGCUCCGGAUACCACCACAUACUGGAGGCUCAUGCUUGCCCACCUGGGCAUGCCGCAGUGGCAGGCUCUCGUCGCAGGAAUUGGCCUGACUCCAUGGGCAAGGCAGUGGUACGAAGUGGUAGCCGGGCACCUACUGGAGGGGCCGAGGACUCCCAGGACAAGCCAGCCCCCAGACAUGGUGAACAGAUUAGACUGGUCGGUCUUCAAGAGCAAGAAAACGCACAAGGUUGGGAAGAACGCUAAAGAUAAUCCGGCCAAGGAAACGGGACCGAAGGACGUCACGAAGGAGGCCACCAAAGAUAGCGCUAAAGAUAAUCCAACUGCCAAGAAAGAAUGAGGAGGAAGACGUCUGAUACAGUAGCGAUACCCAAGGUAUAGAAAUAAGGACUUUUUGCGGCGUGGAACAUUGUGUGGCAUUGUAUGUUUCUUUAUCAAACUGUGUACCGUCAGACAGUAAAUCAUUACGACAACAAAUCAGUCUCAUAAUAAAAUGAAGAAACACUGAAAGAUAUCAUUUAAAACUCCUUACACACGAUAGUAUUGUAUGUUGGUUUGUGAAGAUGUUUAUUGUGAGACAAUAAAUCUUUACAACGAAAAAGUAGCCUCAUAGUAAA